UGGGGGGCUCAUGGGGAAGGUGGGAUGGACCCUGAGAGGGGCUGGGCCCGGGUACAGGCCAAAGAUGCUGCGAAGAGUAGAAGAGUUGGGUCACUGCUGGUACACGGCCCUUAAAGCUGACGGGCUCAGGUGCCGUUUCAGAAUGAGAUUGUCCUGUUCGCCUGAGUGGAGAAAUAAACACUGCCAGUUCAGAUGAAAAUUCCCAUUUGGAACAUCACACCUGUUCGUAAAGCAAUCCCUCCCAAAGGAAAUGAAGAUUUAGCAGCAUAAAGGUAACUUAGAAGAGGAGUGCCUAUUAGCCUGUCUCUUUCUCUUACUGGAUAAAAAUAACUUCAAAGCUGAUUUGCACUGAUCAGAAAUAACUGGUGAAGAACUGCAGCGUUCUGUGAUAUAUUGAAUGUGCUCACAAUGAAGAUAUCUCUGCUACAGCAGAUGUAUAAGGAUAUACUGGCAGGCACUCUGUUACCAAAAGAAAGCUAUUAUUACGCCUCUUCUCUUAAUCUAUGUGUUGGGCAGUCACAGGAAAGAGAUGAAUUGUGUGAUCUGCCAUCUACUGAUGUCAGUAUUAGGAGUCAUGAAAACACUGUUACCCCUACAACAGAUGAUGUAUCACACAAUUUAGCAACAAUGAACUUCUCAUUUUGUCCACGAGAAGUGAUACUGCUUCAAUUAACUUUGAUCAAAAUGCUGGUUGCUAAAGUGGAGUCCCAGGAAAUUGAGUUCAGUACAAGACAGAAGUACUGUGAAGUCCUUCUCCUUCUUUUGAAGGAAACAAAAGCUGACUCAAAAUUGGUUUGUCUUCUCAGUAGUCAUGAUCAGCUGUUAUCUCACAUAGCUUCAAGAAGUUUAGCAUCUCUUGUAUAUUUCCAGCUGAAAGAAGAAAAUGCAGUGAAUGUCACCUGGCUCACCUUCACUUUAAAAAGUCUUCUGGAGUUCCCUAUGUGUACCCAAGUAGCAGAAUGUCUGUGGACUCUUACAGCUGUUCUCAAGGAUGUAAUGAAAGAUAAAAUGUUACCCAAACCAGGUAUUUUGAAGUUGUUGGCUCCCCUUGAUGCUGCACUUGAAGGAUUUUACAGUUCCAUUCUUCAAUAUCAUUUUGAUAGUCAGCUCUAUAGUUCACCUUAUUCUGAAGCUGCAAACAACCUGAUCAGUUUUGUAGACCUGCUUGAAGCACUCCUGGCUUCUAGGACUCAAUUAGAGGUACCGCUGAGAUGUCAGAGAGUAUUGUUUUUAAAAGUGUCUUAUGUCCUGAACCUCAUUAACUCAUCAAUUCACUAUUUCAUCAAGAAGAAGUUCAUCAUGCUUCUUAAAAAAUAUGUCCUUUAUAAGCCUCAAGAAGAUGCUGUAAGUGGGUCUCAGCUCUUACAAAACCCAUAUUUAAAAGAGGAUAUGCUUGCACUAAGUAAUGCUGUCCUGCAAGUUGUGAAUUUGACUUGGCUUAAUGCAGUCCCACUCGGUGAAAAGGCCUCCUACUUUGGAAGCAGUGAAGCUCUUUCUGGAGAUGAUACUCAAGGCGGUUCUGACCAAACUGUUCUCAGAGCCCUAAGUCUGACUGUGCUCAAAACACUGGAGUUCAAGUGUCAGAACUCUGAUACAGAAGCUGAAAUCAAAGUGUGCUCUAAGGGAGACGCUUUGCUUGUUAGACAUCCUGCAAUUCCAUCUUUCCAGUGGCCUGUUUACCUCUCAGAGACACAAAGCUUUCAGAAUUCCAUGUCCCAUCUGCUGAUGUUCUGGAGGAAUAACAGAAGUGAUUCCCUGCACUCUCACCCAGUUGCACAUCAUUGCGAAUGGCUCUCCUUGGUUUUUAUAGAGCAAGAUGAUGACAUGUGGGAAGCUGCAAAAGCUUUAUUACUCAUUUAUUUAAAAAUUGAUAGGUUACGGUGUGAUGCUGUGGAUAAUUUAAGCUGGGAAGAGGAGGAAAGCUGGAAGUUCCGUACACAUGCAAGUGGCUAUAAUCCCCACUGCAUACUUUUAUUUUUUCUAGAAAAAAUUGCCUUUGAUUCCACAGUACUCCUAGAUUUUUUGAUUUCAUCAGAAACUUGCUUUCUGGAAUACCUAGUAAGAUACUUAAAACUUCUUAGGGAAGACUGGCAUCAGUUUGUAAAUAUCUGUAACCAUUUUGAUAGCAAGCAUGGUACUUCUCAACCAUUUUCUUCUAUCAAGCCUGCACAUCAAGAAAAGCAAAGCUGCGUGGCUGGUGUGAGCUUGCAAAAUGCUUGUUGUGAACCAGAACCACAGACUUUGAUACCUUCGGCUUCUUCUCACAAGUGCUUAGUGUUUACAACAGAGCAAGAUGAUAAUGAAGUUGCAGAGUCUAACCAGUCUAACUCAUUGCUAUGCAAUGAUAAUACAUCUCUGCUGGGUUCUCUUCAAAGCCUUGUUAAUUAUGACAGCUCAGAAGAUUCUGAACUAGAAUCAGUUGGAAAAGAGUGCUUGGUAAACAUAAAGCAGAUGCCUUUACAUAAGGAGCAUGAGACAAUGAUAAGGGAAACUGUUUGCAGCUACACAGAUGAUAAACAGAAUACACUCAGGUCUGAAGUGUUGCCUCUGAAACAAAAGGGAUCUAAUACCUCAUCCAGUUUGGCAUGUGUAGUGUCUUCGGAUAACAUCAUUCCCCUAAGAACGAUGCUUUAUAAAUCAACAAAGUGUUUGGAAGAACUGCAAAAAGCUAUUUCCAGGUUGCAGAGAAGAAAUCUUUUCCCUUAUAAUCCAUCUGCAUUGUUGAGACUACUGAAUCACAUUGAGAAGAUUAGUAAGAACAUGAAUUCACAAUAAAUCAAAGAAGCAUUCUGGUGAUUUCUAACUACUACACUAGAGAUGAAUGACUUCUGAGGCUCAUGCCUUCUGCACCUGUCAGUGUAUUAAAACUGAAAUCGGAUAAACGUGGUUUUGGUUGACACUGUAAGAAGUCUGCAGCUGUGCUCAGUGACGUGAUCUGUUACCUCAGGGUCUCAGGCUUAUUAGUGGUAUGUAUGUCAUGCACUCUGUCAGUAGUAAUUGCUAGUAAUGCAAAAAUUGCUAAUAAAUAACUUAUCUGAAAGAAUAUCAACAACAUUCAGUAUUUAAAGUCUUGUCAGUUAUACUUAACGUCAUUCUAAUGUAGUGAUUUAGUAGUGAUUGCCAGACUGAUGGUAAUUUAUGGACUCUAAGCAGUGACGAGGUUGAGUGAAAUAAAGUACUAUAGUUGGGGACAGUUUUAAUGUU